AUGAAAAUCUUUUCUGUGUUUUUUCCCCUGUUCGCUGUCGCACUGGCCGCCUCGAGAACUUCGCCGCCCUCCGGCUCCCUCGUCGUUAGUAAAAAUCCAUCCUCUGGACAAUAUGGAACGAUACAAGCGGCAGUGAACGCGUUAAGCACCACCUCGACCUCAGCACAGUCAAUAUUCAUAUACCAAGGAACCUAUGACGAACAAGUAAAAAUUCCGGCUCGAAAAGCUGUUUUAUCUAUCUAUGGAUACACUACGGAUACAUCCUCGUAUUCCGGAAACACCGUUACCAUAACAUACUCGAUGGGCGCAGACAUUGCGGGCAACAAUGAGUUAUCCGCAACGGUUCAGUCGCGGUCAGUUGGGUUAAAAAUGUAUAAUAUAAUUGUGAAGAAUACCAGAGGCAAGGGUGUGCAAGCGCUUGCAUUAAGCGCUUAUGCCGACAAGCAGGGCUUUUAUGGGUGCACAUUUGUUGGUUAUCAAGAUACCGUCCUAGCGAAUGUGGGAUACCAGGUUUACGGAAAAUGUUACAUCGAGGGAGCAACCGAUUUUAUUUUCGGCCAGACGGCAAGAGCCCUUUUUAGCCAGUGUGUCAUUCGUAUAAGUGGUGAUGGUUGGGUCACCGCAAAUGGAAGAGAUUCAAGCUCAAAUCCUUCUUAUUAUCUUAUCGAUAAAUCUUCUAUCGCUGCAGCCUCUGGAUAUACUGGGGUUGGCAAGAGUUACUUGGGUCGCCCUUGGAGGAACUAUGCUCGUGUUGUUGUUCAGAGGACGGUUCUUUCCAACGUUAUCAACGGUGCCGGGUGGUCGCAAUGGAGCUCGAGCUCUCCAAAUACUGACCAUGUGUCUUUCCAAGAGUAUGACAAUACAGGAGAUGGGGCAAGUGGGACCCGGGUGUCCUUUUCUUCGAAACUUGGUGGCGCUGUAAACCCAACAUCCAUUCUGGAUGGUGAUACCAGUUGGGUGGAUCUGAGUUAUGUAUAUCAGUAG